AUGACCAACAUUCAGCUGAUGCCGACAGGCUAUUUACGUAACUAUGCAGAUAGCGCAGACAUCUCGAAUACUGCUGAACAGGCCAACAUUCUAAUGCUUCAUGGCCAUGGGCAAUCCAUGGAUGUGUUCCAUCACAAAACGCACUUUCUCCAAGAUGCCCUCAAUUCAGGUGGUCCUCAGAGCAACCGAUCGCUACCAUAUCUCAAGCUACAUUACAGUGAAGCACCUUUCGACGUGAACGUUCCAGAUCUGCAGUCGAAGGUCUGGGGGUAUGGAAUUUUCGACUGCCAGCGAAUCUCAGGCCUUGAACAGAGUGUGCGGCGUGUGCUAGGGCAGCUGGAGCAACUUAAUCCGGUAACUGGUAUAAUCGGAUUCUCGACCGGUGCGACCCUGGCGAUGAUCAUUGCAUCCUUACUGGAGAAGCAGAAUCGCGGCCUUGUAUUUGGCGUCCAUACCACUCAUCCACCGCUCAAGUUUGUCGUCGCAUACAGUGGCUUUAUGCUAGGCCAUCCCAUGUACAGAGAUCUGUACUACCCGAGGAUCUGCACCCCUACCCUACUAUACAUUGGCGAAGUCGACACAAUGAUCACACCAAACUCUACAUACCGCCUGGCAGAAAGAUGCAGUCAUGUUGAAAUCCAAACCUUCUGGGGGACACAUUACGUUCCCAGGAAUCUGAAAACAACAGAUGCAGCUGUAAACUUUGUCUAUCGGUGUUUGGUCGGUGAGCCCGAGAAGGUAGAUAAGGAACGAAGCCGGUCGGGACCGAAGACGGUUGAAUUGACUCUCAACAAGCGCCAGGAACCGGGAAAGGCGUUCACGGCCAAGGUUCCAAAACGGCGGCUGAGAAUGCGGGAUGCAACGCUGGGUAAAAAGCCUGCCGGGAGCGCCAAGCAAGGGAUGGCUGUCACCACUCGGCUUACCACACGGCUUGUGUAA